GGCAACUUUGCCCGAUAUUUGACAUUUAAACUGUGAACGCACAAUUAGUGUUUUUGUUUCCUGGUAAAGUGGCAACUUUGAUCAGCUGACUAUUCGCGUUUAGAAAAAAUGGAAAGCAACACAGAAAUACAGAAGGUUGUACAUAAGCGUGUUCGAAAGGCUCCCUACAGAAAGUGGACCGACAACGAAAAUGAAAGUUUAAUCAACUUUUUGAGGGACAACAGGCCACUAGAGAAACCAACGGCCCAACAUUAUUAUAAAAGAUUUUUGAACCAAACUGGCAGCGACUUGCAUUGGACUCUGGUGCGUUGCAAGGUAAAAAACUUAAGAUUGCAGUACACCAAGGCCAAGUCCUGGCAAAAUGCAACGGGAAGUGGCACCAUGGAUAAUUGUGACACUACCAAAAACGCGAUCGUAAGGAUGUGUCCCCGGUACGAUGACUUAGAAGACAUUUUUGGCUAUAGGGAGCUCACUUCAAACUGCCUUGUAUUGGAUACCGAGGACAUUGCAUGUACUGGUUCACCAGAAGUUGCCACGUCCUCUGAUAUAAUCGUCGAGGAAAUCGUGGCAUUACCCGAGCCUCUGGUCACCCCUUCUACGUCAAAGGCUGUCCGAAAGGGUAUAUAUUCGCGUACAGCCCUAUCAGACGUUCUCGAUGUACACUCCAGCUUAUUGGAUGCAAAAAAAGACAGAAUCGAGAAGGAAUUAAGAUGAGGGAAAAUGAAUUAAUGCUAAAAGAGCAACAAUUGUUGUUUGAUAAAGAAAAAUUUGAAAAAGAGUUGGUAGAAAAAAAAGCUGACAGGGAAAUUCAAGUUAUGGAAAUUCGAAUGAGGGAGAGAAUAGCUAUGAAAGAAUUGGAAA